GAGGGGGGGGGGGGGGGACCGGGAGCCGGCGCGCGGAGGCUUCGGUCCUGGCAGCAGCGGUGGCUACUCCGACCCCGAGCAGCCCUGCAGAGCCCAUGGAGGCAGACAGCGUCGUGGUCCGAGGGGCGGCCCCAGGGCCCCCCCGGCCUGGCCUGGUGCCCGUCAGCAUCAUUGGGGCCGAGGACGAGGAUUUUGAGAACGAACUGGAGGCGAACCCAGAGGAGCAAAACAGCCAGUUCCAGAGCCUGGAGCAGGUGAAGCGGCGUCCAGCCCACCUGAUGGCCCUCCUGCAGCACGUGGCCCUGCAGUUCGAGCCAGGACCCCUGCUCUGCUGCCUGCACGCGGACCUGCUGGGCUCUCUGGGCCCUAAGGAGGCCAAGAAGGCCUUCCUCGACUUCUACCACAGCUUCCUGGAGAAGACCGCGGUUCUGCGGGUGUCUGUCCCUUCCGCUGUCGCCUUUGAACUUGACCGCACGCGGCCUGACCUCAUCUCCGAGGACAGCCAGCGGCAGUUCGUGCAGGAGGUGGUGCAGAGCCAGCAGGCAGCCAUCAGCCGGCAGCUGGAGGACUUCCGAUCCAAGCGGCUCAUGGGCAUGACACCCUGGGAGCAGGAGCUGACCCAGCUGGAGGCCUGGGUGGGGCGGGAUCGCGCCAGCUUCGAGGCCCGGGAGCGGCUGGUGGCGGAGCGGCUGCUGGCCAACUUGGAGGAGAUGCAACAUACCAUCUCUACCGAUGAAGAAAAGAGUGCCGCUGUGGUCAACGCCAUCAGCCUGUACAUGCGCCACCUCGGGGUGCGGACCAAGAGCGGGGACAAGAAGACGGGGAGGAAUUUCUUCCGGAAAAAGGUGAAGGAAAACCGGCGCUCAGAUGAGCCCACCAAGACCAAGAAAGGACUGAGCAGCUUCCUGGACGCUGCCCGAUGGAACCGGGGAGAGCCCCAGGCCCCAGAUUUUCGACACCUCAAAACGGAGGCUGAUGCUGAGAAGCCAGGCCUCACAGAACGGAAGGGAGGCCUGGGGGUGCCCUCCCGGGACCGGAAUGUUGGGGUCCCUGGGCAGGACUCCCCUGGAGUUUCACUGCAACCUGUGUCCGGGGACAGUCCUGACCGGGAACCAGGUGAGGCCUCCCCGGAGCUGGGGGACCCGCCCCCGCAGGGCCCCGCCAGCCUGGAGCCCCCAGCGCCCCUGGAGAGCACCGAGGAGGGUCCUGAUACAGAGAGCCCUGAGCCCGGAGAUGAGGGGGAGCCGGGACGGUCAGGACUGGAGCUGGAACCAGAAGAACCCCCCGGCUGGCGGGAGCUCGUACCCCCCGGCACCCUGCACAGCCUGCCCAAGGGCCAGGUGAAGCGGCAGGAGGUCAUUAGCGAGCUGCUGGUGACGGAGGCGGCCCACGUGCGUAUGCUGCGGGUGCUGCACGACCUCUUUUACCAGCCCAUGGCCGACGGGGGCUUCUUCCCCCUGGAGGAGCUACAGAACAUCUUCCCCAGCCUGGACGAGCUCAUCGAGGUGCAUUCUCUGUUCCUUGAUCGCCUGAUGAAGCGGAGGCAGGAGAGCGGCUACCUCAUUGAGGAGAUUGGAGAUGUGCUGCUGGCCCGGUUCGAUGGUGCCGAGGGCUCCUGGUUCCAGAAAAUCUCCUCCCGCUUCUGCAGCCGCCAGUCGUUUGCCUUAGAGCAGCUUAAAGCCAAGCAGCGCAAGGAGCCUCGUUUCUGUGCCUUCGUGCAGGAGGCCGAGAGCCGUCCGCGGUGCCGCCGCCUGCAGCUGAAGGACAUGAUCCCCACGGAGAUGCAGCGGCUGACCAAGUACCCCCUGCUCCUGCAAAGCAUCGCGCAGAACACAGAGGAGCCUGCGGAACGGGAGAAGGUGGAGCUGGCGGCCGAGUGCUGCCGAGAGAUUCUGCACCACGUCAACCAGGCCGUGCGGGACAUGGAGGACCUACUGCGGCUCAAGGACUAUCAGAGGCGCCUGGACUUGUCCCACCUGCGGCAGAGCAGUGACCCCAUGCUGAGCGAGUUCAAGAACCUGGACAUCACCAAGAAGAAGCUGGUGCACGAGGGCCCACUGACAUGGCGGGUGACAAAGGACAAGGCUGUGGAGGUCCACGUGCUGCUGCUGGACGACCUGCUGCUGCUGCUCCAGCGCCAGGACGAGCGGCUGCUGCUCAAGUCGCACAGCCGGACGCUGACCCCCACACCCGACGGCAAGACCAUGCUGCGUCCGGUGCUGCGGCUCACCUCCGCCAUGACCCGGGAGGUGGCCACCGAUCACAAAGCCUUCUACGUCAUUUUCACCUGGGACCAAGAGGCCCAGAUCUAUGAGCUGGUGGCGCAGACCGUGUCAGAGCGGAAGAACUGGUGUGCCCUUAUCACUGAGACCGCCGGAUCCCUGAAGGUCCCUGCCCCUGCCUCCCGACCCAAACCCCGGCCCAGUCCAAGCAGCACCCGAGAACCCCUGCUCAGCAGCUCUGAGAACGGCAACGGUGGCAGCCGAGAGAUGCCUCCCACGGAUGGCCGGAUCGAGAGAACCCUCAGCGCGCUCCAGCCCUUCUGCAGGCCCGGCCCCGAGGGCCAGCUCGCUGCCAAAGCCCUGCAGAAAGUGCUGUCCCUGAAGCAGCUCCUGCUCCCCUCAGAGGAAGACAGUGGGGCAAGGCCUCCCCCUGAAGGGGGUGGGGUCCCAGGGGGCGGCCCCCUGAGCCCCACACAGACCCAGGACAUCCGAGAGGAGCUACUUGGCCUGGAGGAGACCAUUAAACAGCUGGAGGAGGUGGAGGAGGAGUUUUGUCGCCUGCGACUCACCUUGUCUCAGCUGGGAGAGAACACUGUCCCCCAGUCUGGCUGCACCUGAGGCUCCCUGCCCCAGGCAGGCCUUCUGCAAGAUGGAGAGACGGGAGGACCACCACCCACUACUGCACAGCUGCCGCAGCAUAUGCACCCUGAGGGCCCACGGACAGGGCGCAGGCUUUCGGGCCAAGUCUGAGGGGGUCCAGCUGGGACCACUGCCGCCUCCACCCUCCCGCUGGCCUUGGCCUUCUGCUUGGGGGACUCAGGGCUUCAUUCCCCGGGCACCACAGUGAUCACCAUUUCCCAGGCCAUCCCAGUAUUGCCUGGGGGGCCACCCCCCCAUCUCCCACCCCCAAGUGCCUUUGCUCUGUUUUUAUAUCUUGGAGGUUUAUUUUUAAUAUAUAUUAUCUAAGAAGA